AUUAACCCCACUGCACUCGUAAUUAUACUGUUUAGCCUCGCACUUGGAACUACAGUGACUCUUAUGAGUCACCACUGACUUCUGGCCCGAAUUGGCUUAGAAAUUAACACACUCGCUAUUAUUCCCCUAAUAACUAACACACCCCACCCACGAGCCAUUGAAGCUGCCACAAAAUAUUUUCUCACUCAAGCCUCAGCUUCUGCCAUAAUUCUAUUUUCCGCCACUAUAAAUGCCUGAAAAACAGGAGAAUGAUCCAUUACCUUUUUAUCUGACCCCUAUUCAAUUACCCUUUCUAUAGCCCUAAUAAUAAAAUUAGGCGUAGCCCCACUACACUUCUGAUUACCAGAAGUUCUUCAAGGUAUCCCCCUCUCGACGGGCUUAAUUUUAUCUACUUGACAAAAAAUUGCCCCAAUAACUCUCCUCCCUCAAAUCUCCCACCUACUUAACCUAAACCUAUUAAUUAUUAUAGGGCUAAUUUCUAUCCUAAUCGGAGGCUGAGGUGGCAUCAACCAAACACAACUACGAAAAAUUAUAGCAUUCUCUUCUAUCGGUCACUUGGGCUGAAUAAUCCUAAUUUUAAAAUUUAACCCACAACUUAUACUCUUCAAUUUUAUCCUCUAUAUUAUAAUAACAGCUGCAAUAUUCCUUUCACUCAUAUCAAUUUCAUCAACAAAAAUUUCACAUGUCUCCUCCUCAUGACCUAAAUCCCCCAUUUUAGUGACAACUAUAAUACUAAUCUUACUCUCACUUGCAGGGCUUCCCCCUCUUACAGGCUUUUCACCAAAAUUACUAAUUAUUCUAGAACUUGCAAAACAAAAUACCUUUCUCCUUGCCUCAGUCACCAUACUAGCCUCACUUCUCGCUCUUUUCUUCUAUCUCCGAUUAACCUAUAUUAUAAUUCUUACUCUUCCACCUAAUACUUCAAACUCGUUUAUUUACUGACGCACAACUAAAACCUCUUUCAUUACAGCCUCACUAAGCACACUAGCCCUCCUUAUUUUUCCGCUAUCACCCACACUUUUCCUCAUAAUAU